AUGGAGCUGAUGAGGUGUGACAUCCUGAAACAAAGUGACAUAUUAGAACAAGUGAUACAAGAUCUAAAAGAGGAAAAAGACAAACUGGAAAUCACAAAGACUGAGCUACAACAGAAGAAAGAACAUGCUGACAGUCAAUUUGAUGAGAUAAACCAAGAAAAACAACAAUUGUAUCAAAUAAAGACAACUACUGAAAGUGAGAUAGAAAGGUUUUUAAAUGAAAAUAAGAGGAUGGGAGUAGAACUGUCUGAGCUGAAAAUUACAAAGGUCCGGCUCACCAGGUUAAUGAACUUCAUGGUAAGUCUCAGAGCAAAACUCAAAGAGUUGAAUCAAAGGAUACAUGAGGACUUUACAAAGAAUAUGGACAGAUUUGGACAGAAAUAUAAAGAUAUGCUCCAAUCGAACUCAAUAUUGCAACACAGGUGUAAUGAACUUGAUAAACAGACAAAUAAGAUCACUGGUUAUUAUAACCUGAUGCAAAAAGAUAAGAAACAUAUGGUGACAAUAAUGUUUGACAAAGCGGUACAAAGUGAGGUUGUAAAGGAAUGGCUUCAGGAGCAAGAUGUUGAUGAACAGUAUUUGAAUAAACCUAAAGAGUUUGAAUGUAAGAUGGGUGUUUUCCAGUCAGAUGCUAUGAUCCAGACUGAAGAAUGUGAACAUCAGUGGAAGUUAGAGGGAGAUAAACAUGAUCUUGCAAGAAAAGCUAAAUACUUGAAAACUAAGAGGGAAGGUCUGCUGCUGAUGGUGGCAGAAGAUGAAGGGAAAAAUAAACAGAAGAUGUUCAAGUCGGCUCCAGAGCCAGAUGAUUUUACAGACGAGAAAAUGUCAAGAAGAGAUUGUUUGCGAAAGAUCUGGAAGGAUACAAAAAUGGAGCGGAAGGAGAUCAAUCAGAUGAAGUGCGUGAGCCAUGAGAUGAAAAACAACCUAGAGAAAAGACUAAAUGUGAUCAAUCAGUUUGUUAAGAGAACAUGGUUACAGAAAGAAAAGGAACUACUGGAGAAUAAGCUGAAACAAGGACUAAGUAAGGACAUGACAUCCCAAAUUGACCGUGAGAGAGACAGCACAACACUGGAUAAAAAAUACAGAGAGAUCCAACAACUUCAAGUUCAGAUGAUCAGUGAGAAAGAAAAACUGUGUAGAACACUGACAAGUAUCGAUAAAGCUAAUCAAAAAUUCAAGGUCGAUAUAACCACAAGGGAUGGAACAAUGCAAGUAAAACAACAGACUUCUGCUAAAACGUAUCAAGAGAAGAUGAAGGUAGAAGAAACUGAUGCAGCUCCAGAGACAACCAGCGGACUCCUUUGUCAGCUCCGGAAUUAUUGCUAUCGAUGCUGCUGCCCUUGCUGUCCCUGCUGCAAGCAAGUCUGCCAGGAGGAGAACUGAGAGACAGAAAGUCGCAGAAAGAUUCUACAGGAACAAUUGUAAUCGAGGGGCGUCGGCCCUGAGCAGCAGCGAGAUAAAUCCCCCCAUGGAGUCCAGACACUGGUGGAGGUUGUGGCUGAUGAUUCUGAUGAGGCUGAUUGGCUGAAGAGGCUGAUGGAGCUGAUGAAUCUGUUAAGACUGGCGAUGAUGUGGAAGAGUGCUGUGACAGCUGCCAAUAACAGAGAGAACAUAUUGAAAUAAUUGAACAGCCGUGAACACACCACGCUCAUAAUAGCAGCAUAAACAUACUAAAGGCAUCGAGAGAAUCAUAUUUAAACAGAGGCAGCAGCAGUAUCAUAGGCUAACAAUGUAGGUGUGUCGUGAGUAAGCAUGCAUGGGAGGAGUGCAUGAAAGGGGUGAAUGACAGGAUGCACAAAAGAUAAAACCUUCAGACCUAAACAUGCCUGACUGAAAUUAUGCUAUAGCUUCAAGCUUCAUUUAUUGGUUAACAAAAUAAGAUUUGAUAGUUUACUUAAACAACUUUAAGAGUGAGUGCAUUAUUUG